GAAGAGACCAUAUUUGUUCACAGGGGAAGCAGCUGCUUCUGGGGAUCUGGCUACAGCAGAAAAGACUCCUCUUCAACAAGGGCACUCCUGAAGGUAGCUGGGGAUCAGAAGAGCCGAGGACACCUGGAAGUUCUGGAUCUGGGAUAUUUCUCUGUUCAUGGCUGCAGCACCACUCCCCAGGUUGUGAGCCUCUCCCUGAAUAGCAGCCAUGGCCUUGAAGAAUGUUCCCUUUCGCUCAGAGGUCUUAGCCUGGAACCCGGACAACCUCGCUGAUUAUUUCAGGAAGCUAAACUACAGGGACUGUGAGAAGGCUGUGAAGAAAUACCACAUUGAUGGUGCUCGAUUUUUGAACCUGACAGAAAAUGACAUUCAGAAGUUUCCUAAGCUAAGGAUGCCGCUUCUCAGUAAGUUGAGUCAAGAUAUCAACAAGAACGAAGAGAGAAGGAGCAUUUUCACACGCAAACCCCAGGUUCAACGGUUUCCUGAGGAGACAGAAAUCCAUGAAGAAGACGAUGGUGGCUGGUCAUCCUUUGAAGAUGACUAUGAAAGUCCCAACGAUGAUCCAGAUGGAGAGGACGAUGGUGACUAUGAGUCCCCUAAUGAGGAGGAAGAAGCACUGGAGGAUGAUGUUGCUGAAUAUGAGCCCCCACCCUCCAACGACGAGGAGGCUCUGCAGAGCUCCAUCCUGCCCGCAAAGCCUUUCCCCAACACCAGCUCAAUGUACAUCGACCGGCCUCCCACCGGCAAGGUCUCCCAGCAGCCUCCGGUGCCCCCGCAGAGACCAAUGGCCGCCCUCCCUCCCCUGCCAACAGGCCGAAAUCACUCGCCACUGUCUCCGCCCCAGCCCAACCAUGAAGAACCCAACAGAAGUCGAAACCACAAAACAGCAAAGUUGCCUGCUCCAUCAAUAGACAGAAGCACAAAGCCUCCCCUGGAUCGCUCAUUGGCUCCUCUUGACCGAGAGCCCUUCUUACUAGGAAAGAAACCAACAUUUUCUGAGAAGCCGGCAGCCCCUCUGGGAAGGGAGCAUUUACCCAAGAUACAAAAGCCUCCUUUGCCACCAGCCAUGGACAGGCAUGAAAGAAAUGAAAGACUCGGACCCCUGACAGCCAGGAAGCCACCAGUUCCAAGGCAUGGAAGGGGACCAGACAGGAGAGAGAAUGAGGAAGAUGAUGUGCACCAGCGACCUCUGCCACAGCCGUCACUACCUUCUAUGAACUCCAACACAUUCCCUUCGAGAUCUGCCAAGCCAAGCCCCAAGAACAAAUUCCCAUUGCCGCACAUGCCGGGUGCCUUCUCAGAAAGUAACAUUGGCUUUCAGCAGACUGCCUCCCUGCCACCAUACUUCUCUCAAGGUCCCAGCAACAGGCCACCUCUGAGAAGUGAGGGCAGAAACGUACCCUUGCCGGUUCCAAACAGACCUCAGCCUCCAUCUCCUGGGGAAGAAGAGACUCCCUUAGAUGAAGAGUGGUACGUCUCUUAUAUCACCCGACCAGAGGCAGAAGCUGCCCUGAGGAAGAUAAACCAGGAUGGCACCUUUCUGGUUAGAGACAGCUCUAAGAAGACAGUAAACAACCCAUAUGUCCUUAUGGUGCUGUACAAAGACAAAGUUUACAACAUCCAGAUCCGCUACCAGGAGGAAAGCCAAGUCUACUUGUUGGGAACUGGACUUCGAGGAAAAGAGGACUUCCUGUCUGUGUCAGAUAUCAUUGACUACUUCAGGAAAAUGCCACUGUUGCUCAUUGAUGGAAAAAACCGAGGGUCCAGAUACCAGUGCACACUAACACACGCUGCAGGCUGUCCGUAGCGAGUUAGUCAAGAAACGAGCCUUCCUGACUCUGUCGUCAAGGCGGCGAGAUCACGUGAUAUUAGCAAGUGGCUGAACAUGUAGGGCUGAAGCAGACUGUUAAUGCAGGCCCUGAGUUCUGCCCCGCCCUUUAAAGUAUCUGAAGAUUGUUGAAUACCACACGAUUUAUUUAUUUUCUUUGAUGUUUAUAGAGUAUAGAGGUGAUCAUGUUCAUGUUUGAAGUCUAAAAGUGCACAGCAGAUAGGAGAUUUUGAACAUCUAUCUCAAAAUACAGUACUUUAUAUACAGUACUGAAAUGAUGUGGAGCAGGCUUACAAAGUACUGAAACCGAUCGUUUGUGAUAUAUUUUAUAAUGAAACUUUUGUCAGGCUGAGGCACGAUCUGUUUUCUACACAACUUAAGAUGAUUAAAAUUCAUUUUCGGAGCAGCAAUAGCUUACGAGGCUCCAAAAACUAGAACUCUAUUGUUUCUUAUUUGGUUUUACAGGGUGUGUUUUAUGUGUUCCUUUUCAUAAUGAGAUGAAUGCAUGUUGGGAUGAUUUCCUGGGAUUAAAGUUAUCGUUUGCUUUACUGUUUUAGAUCCUUAAGACAACGUUGUUUGGUCCUUGCUGUUAUAUUUUUGCUUUAAAGCAAAUGUAAGCUGAACUUACAAGAAGAAAAUAGUCUUAGGUUCAGUGACGCAGCUUUGCUGUCGAGCACGCUGGGGUUUCUGUAGCUUCUCUAUCACAGUCCCCCAUGUCUACAUCCACAGUGGGCUCCCUCCACUCCCGCCUUGAAGAGCGUUUCUUAGUGCUGAAGUCUCCUGGGAAGAUGAGACACAUUUACUUCGAGCCCACCUUCCUACUAGAUGCUACUUGUAUUAGCUGGCCUUCAGUUACAAAGUUUGCCCUUUGCUGGGAUGGUCGCCUGUUCCUGUUCCUUUGGGCCUGUGACAGUUCAUGGCGGAUACUGAAGUGAGACUGUGAGAACAUCUGUUCACCUCACCUCACGGUGGCUGAAUAAAGAGAAAGGACAAGAAGCAAAUUUCCCUCAAGGUCUUGAGCCUGUAGCCCUGACUUCACCCCACUGGGCUUCAUCCCCUAAGGUUCCCCCACUGCCCAACGCUGCCCUGUGGGGGUGGGGCAAGCCUCUAACAGUGGGGCCUUUGGUAAAUACUAUCCAAACCUCUGCUUCUCUGUCUUAUUAAUCCAACAGGUAUGUUGCGAAGAUCUUGUCCCUCUCAGAUUGGCUUUUUAAACCCUUCAAAGCACCUUAAAUCUCCUUCAGUUUUGAAAUCAUACUUGACAAAAAGUGCAGGGGAUUUCUGUCAUAUGUUGGUUUAACUCACCGUUUUUGACUUUAUGGUGUGGAAGUGAUGCCUGUUAAGUACAAACUGGACAUCAAAGUUUAAAUUUUGCAUUUCCUGGGCUAGCAGCAGGUGCUGUGAAAUGUGAAAGUGUCGACUGGCCAUGUGAUCACCAGGGUACCCAUCAGUACUUUACAUGUUAUAUGUUGCAGGUGUUUCUUUUCUUUUGGGGGGGCUAUAAACACUCAAUAAAUUAAAUUAUAUAUUCA